AACUUAUAAAGUGCGAUGUUCAGCCGGCCCACAUGUCACAUCUCACGCAAAAUGGCAUCGCCGAGGGCCGUGCGAGAGUGGUGCCGCGUCACGUGCGCCAGAUACCCCAAUGUAGAAAUCAAGAACAUGUCAACGUCGUUCAGAGAUGGACUCGCAUUCUGUGCCAUCAUCCACAACCACCGACCUGACUUGAUAGAUUUCAGCUCCCUCUGCAAAGAUAAUGUUUAUCAAAAUAACAAGACGGCAUUUGAGAUUGCAGAGAGGAAGCUGGGCAUCCCCGCCUUGCUGGACCCUAAGGACAUGGUUUCCACCAAGGUGCCGGAUCGUUUGGGCGUCAUCACCUACCUUUACCAGUACUACUACUUCUUCAACAGGAAGUCUUAUGCAGGUCUUGCCAGUUCUAGGUCAUCACACACCACUCUAUUAAACAACCUCGCAAAGAGUAAAACUCCCGAUGGCCUGAAACGCUUGAAGAGCCAGACUGAUCUGGAAACCGGUAGAGAAGAUUGUUUAUCCAACACGAGGCCACGGACGGUGUGCAGUGUGUGUUUUAAGCCUGUCCACCUCAUACAGAGACAUUUGACCGACGGAAAGGUCUACCAUCGCAGCUGUUUCAGGUGCAAAGUGUGCCGCAGCACUCUUUUACCGGAGUCUUACACACAGGGAAGGGGUGCCGGCUCGUUGAUCUGCACUCACCACAUUACGGACGGUAAAAGUACGAGCGUCGACCUCGCUCAGCAAAUUGGAUCUACUGACGAUCGGACCAAAUGUAAGUUUCAGGCAGGUUAUUUCUCUCUGGGUGGAUCGGCUAUCUCCAGCUUCCCUCAUUACACUGAGACAACAGAGUCACAGGACAGACUGGUUUGUAAGACACCGGAGACGCAGGAGAGGAGCAGAGAGCUGAAAGACAGAGACUCAACCGUUGGACUGAAGUGCACUGCGAAGAAACCGGCGCCUCGUCGUCUUCCUCCACCCUGUGUUGAAGGCAGGACCGUCACAGGAGCUGAAAAAGCUGGACUCAAGACUCAAGGGCCCUCUGAGCUCUCUUCACCGUGUGCACGAGUGACGGAAGGAAGUAGUCGGCCGGUUCCAGCACCCAGGCGGAUGUUGGACCCUUCUGCGGUUCCUGUUCCUGCACCCAGGACCAAAGCUGCCCAGCCCGUGAACAGCUCCCCUGCUGCAGGCAAUUCAUCCAUGAACCAGAAAUGUUCAUCCAACUCAUCUCACAUCACCAGCCCAACCAGAGCGAGCCCUAAAGUGCAAACCAACCAUCCGUGGAUGACCAUCAUCCACCCCGGACCAUGGACACAACUGCCUCCCGCUCCACCUCCGCUACCCGCUCCUCGAUCCAAAUCUGUCUCCAACCCGCGGAGGCCCUGGAACAGGCCCCAAGUGCCUCCUCCCAAUCCAUUUGGAGAGGAGGUGGAUGAGGACUCUCAGACAGACGGCACUAAGCCUGAGCCUGCCGACCAAACCGAGCCCUCAGCGGCAGCUAUCCGUUCAGAGAGUGGUGGCAAUCGGAAAAACACAUCGGGGGACACGGAUGCUGUGGUUUGUUCAAGUGAUGCUGAAGAUUCUGCUACUAAGUCUACACCUGAUGAUGUGGGAGCUUCACGUGAACCAGCUGGAGAAACAAGUCAACUGUUAUCUGAUUUGGAUGGAACUGGAAACACAAAAGGUGACUCUGCAGAAGAAGCACAGAGUCACAUUUUACCCAGGAGUCUGUCUGUGCCAGCGAUCACAUCUGCCCGCUCUCAAAGCUCCCUUUUGCAUUUUGACCUGACGGAGGCUAAUGAGUCUGACCAGGUCGUGUCAUCUCAAAGUAAGCUGGCCUGCAGAGAGAAUCCCUUUGAUCGAAAAUCUGGGAUGCCCAAAUCAAAGACCUUUCAGGCCCUCCCCUCUACGCGGACCCCCGCCCCCGGACAUGGCUUCCCACUCAUCAAGAGGAAGGUGCAGACAGACCAGGAUGUGUCCACAGAGGACCUGCAGGUGGAGAUGAGAGAACUGGAGAAAGAUCUGGACGCUCUGGAACAAAGAGGAGUCGAACUGGAGAAGAAUCUGAGAGACUGCAAGAACGAUGAAGAAGAGGAACAAAUGCUAACGGGGUGGUUCUCUCUUAUCCAUGAGAGACACGUUCUGAUGAGCAGAGACACUGAGCUGGUUCAUCUGACAAAGCAGCAGCAGUUGGAGGAGAGACAGGCAGAUGUGGAGUACGAGCUCAGAUGUAUCCUUAAUAAACCAGUGAGCGACUGGAGUCAGGAGGAUCGACGUCGAGAGCAGCAGCUGAUGGAUGAGCUGGUCGCCAUCAUCGAACGGAGGAACCAGAUCGUCAGCAGCUUGGAUCAGGACAGGCAGAGGGAAAGAGAAGAAGAUAUGCUUUUGGAAGCCAUGAUGAAGAACAAAGAGAUCCAGAAAGAAGGAUUGAAAGAGCUCAAAAAGUCAAAAGGAAAGUUCAAGCCCACGAAAUUGUUUAAGCUGCUGAACCAUAAAGCUGAGAGCAACAAAGACUCCAUGGACAAGAAGAGCUGAAGUACUAACCUGACUGCAGAAACUCUCACAGAAAACAAACUCGUACUUUGAGAUAAACAAGAUGAUGAAAGUGUUGUGGGAAACUGGAAUCCGAUCACAAUAUUAAAUAGUUUAUUCAUUUUGUGUUGAAGAGCAGCUCCGUAGCAUUCCCUAAACAAAAUAUUCUCUCAAAUGUACAUGUUAUCUCCCAUGUGUCUUUACUUGCCCUGUGUAACUCCUGUUUUACAAAAUUUUUAUUUUCAUUACAUACUUGUAUUUGAUGAAGUAUGAAAUACAUAUGGAUUUGGGAAAGUUGUCUCUUUUUUUUUAUGAAGAAUUGUAUAUUUAAUAUUCAAAUAACUUUUUUGACUUGGUAGUUAUCCCCUAUGCUGACAAAAUGCAUUUAUACUCACUCAAACCAGCCAGUUAAAACCAACUUGUUUUGAAUGUUUGAUUGUUUUUGAUUUAAUAUUUAUAUUAUGUAUUUUAAAUGGAGAGCAGAGCUUGGAAAUCCUCAAAGAACUGGAACAAAAAACGUAAUAACUCCUAGAUGUCAACGUCCUUUGUUUGUGAAUUAUUCUUCACGAUUUGUGUCUCCGGACCCCUAUGU